GCUCCUGGAAUCCACUCAAAAGUCCAGAUUCCAUCCGCAAUUCCCCAUGGCUUGUCUUUCGCAUCUUUUCUGGGUACAGGUCUCCAAGAGGGUCUGCUCCCUGUCUCUCCGAGGAUGGGUCUCCAGGGGACAUUCUGCUUCCCCCUGGGGCUCCUCAUUGGAUCUGUGCUUUCGGUGGCAUCAGCCCCAGCCACUCUCAAACCUCAUGGCUGCAGCGACAAGGAGCAACAGGUCACCGUCAGCCAUACCUACAAGAUUGACGUGCCCAAGUCUGCACUGGUCCAGGUGGAGACUGACCCUCAGCCCCUCAGCGAUGAUGGGGCCUCACUCCUGGCACCUGGGGAGGCUGAGGAACAGAACAUCAUCUUCAGGCACAACAUCCGCCUGCAGACGCCACAGAAGGACUGUGAGCUGGCAGGCAGCGUCCGAGACCUCCUGGCCCGGGUGAUGAAGUUGGAGGAGGAGAUGGCGGAGAUGAGGGAGAAGUGCAAUGUCCACCGCUGUUGCCAAGGUGCUGCUGGUGGGAGCCACGACUGCAGCGGCCACGGGACCUUCUCCCCCGACACCUGCACCUGCCGUUGCGAGCAGGGCUGGGAGGGCGCGGCGUGCGAACGGCCCGCCUGCCCUGGGGCAUGCAGCGGUCACGGGCACUGCGCCGCCGGCCGCUGCGAGUGCGAGCCGCCCUACGUGGGCGCCGACUGCGCCUACCCCGCCUGCCCCGACGACUGCAGCGGCCACGGCACGUGCGUGCGCGGCGUCUGCCAGUGCCACGACGACUUCACGGCCGAGGACUGCAGCGAGCGCCGCUGCCCCGGCGACUGCAGCGGCCACGGCUUCUGCGACACGGGCGAGUGUUACUGCGAGGAGGGCUUCAGAGGCCUCGACUGCGCCCAGGUGGUGGCUCCCCAGGGCCUGCAGCUGCUCAGGAGCACGGAGGAUUCCCUGCUGGUGAGCUGGGAGCCCUCCAGAGAGGUGGACCACUACCUCCUCAGCUACUACCCUCUGGGGCAGGAGCUCUCUGGGAAGCAGAUCCAAGUGCCCAAGGAGCAGCACACCUACGAGAUCACUGGUUUGCAGCCUGGAACCAAGUACAUAGUUACCCUGCGCAACAUAAAGAAAGAAGUUUCCAGCAGCCCACAGCAUCUGCUUGCCACAACAGAUCUUGCCGCGCUUGGUACUGCGUGGGUGACGGAUGAGACAGAGAACUCUCUUGAUGUGGAGUGGGAGAACCCCCCGACGGAGGUGGACUACUACAAGCUGCAGUACGGCCCCCUCACAGGGCAGGAGGUGGCCGAGGUCACUGUGCCCAAGAGCAGUGACCCCAAGAGUCGCUAUGACAUCACCGGUCUGCAGCCCGGGACAGAAUACAAGAUCACCGUUGUUCCCAUGAAAGGAGAACUGGAGGGCAAGCCAAUUCUCCUGAAUGGCAGGACAGAAAUUGAUAGCCCAGCCAAUGUGGUCACUGAUCGGGUGACAGAAGACACAGUGGUGGUCUCCUGGGUCCCCGUCCAGGCUGUCAUAGAUAAGUACGUGGUACGCUACACCUCUGCCGAUGGGGACACGAAGGACACGGCCAUCCCGAGGGAGCAGAGCAGCACCAUUCUGGCAGGCCUGAAGCCAGGAGAGGCGUACAAAGUCUACGUGUGGGCUGAGAGAGGCAACCAGGAGAGCAAGAAGGCCGACACCAAUGCCCUCACAGAAAUUGACAGCCCCACAAAUCUGGCCACCGACCGAGUGACAGAGGACACAGCCACCGUCUCCUGGGACCCAGUGCGAGCCAUCAUCGACGAGUAUAUGGUGCGCUACACCUCGGCUGAUGGCGACACCCGGGAGGUGUCCGUGGGGAAGGAGCAGAGCAGCACCGUCCUGACGGGCCUGAGGCCGGGUGUGGAGUACACGGUCCAGGUGUGGGCCCAGAAGGGGGACCGGGAGAGCAAGAAGGCCGACACCAAGGUCCCAACAGAAAUUGACAGCCCCCAAAACCUGGUGACCGACCGAGUGACAGAGGACACAGCCACCAUCUCCUGGGACCCAGUGCGAGCCGUCAUUGACAAGUAUAUGGUGCGCUACACCUCGGCCGAUGGCGACACCCGGGAGGUGUCCGUGGGGAAGGAGCAGAGCAGCACCGUCCUGACGGGCCUGAGGCCGGGUGUGGAGUAUAUGGUCCAGGUGUGGGCCCAGAAGGGGGACCGGGAGAGCAAAAAGGCUGACACCAAGGCCCCCACAGACAUUGACAGCCCAACAAACCUGGUGACUGACCGGGUGACAGAGAACACAGCCACCAUUUCCUGGGACCCGGUGCAGGCUGUCAUCGACAAGUAUAUGGUGCUCUACACCUCGGCUGAUGGAGACACCAGGGAGGUGUCUGUGGGGAAGGAGCAGAGCAGCACCAUCCUGACGGGCCUGAGGCCGGGUGUGGAGUACAUGGUCCAGGUGUGGGCUCAGAAGGGGGCUCAGGAGAGCAAGAAGGCUGACACCAAGGCCCUAACAGACAUUGACAGCCCAACAAACCUGGUGACUGACCGGGUGACAGAGGACACAGCCACUAUCUCCUGGGACCCAGUGCAAGCCAUCAUUGACCAGUAUAUGGUGCGCUACAUCUCGGCUGAUGGCGACACCCGGGAGGUGUCCGUGGGGAAGGAGCAGAGCAGCACCGUCCUGACGGGCCUGAGGCCGGGUGUGGAGUACACGGUCCAGGUGUGGGCCCAGAAGGGGGACCGGGAGAGCAAGAAGGCCGACACCAAGGCCCCAACAGAAAUUGACAGCCCCCAAAACCUGGUGACCGACCGAGUGACAGAGGACACAGCCACCAUCUCCUGGGACCCAGUGCGAGCCGUCAUUGACAAGUAUAUGGUGCGCUACACCUCGGCCGAUGGCGACACCCGGGAGGUGUCCGUGGGGAAGGAGCAGAGCAGCACCGUCCUGACAGGCCUGAGGCCGGGUGUGGAGUACAUGGUCCAGGUGUGGACCCAGAAGGGGGACCGGGAGAGUAAGAAGGCCGACACCAAGGCCCCAACAGACAUUGACAGCCCCAAAAACCUGGUGACCCACAAGGUGACAGAGGACACAGCCACCAUCUCCUGGGACCCAGUGCGAGCCGUCAUCGACAAGUAUAUGGUGCGCUACACCUCGGCCGAUGGCGACACCCGGGAGGUGUCCGUGGGGAAGGAGCAGAGCAGCACCGUCCUGACGGGCCUGAGGCCGGGUGUGGAGUACAUGGUCCAGGUGUGGACCCAGAAGGGGGACCGGGAGAGCAAGAAGGCCAACACCACGGCCCUGACAGAAAUUGACAGCCCCCAAAACCUGGUGACCUACCGGGUGACAGAGGACACGGCCACCAUCUCCUGGGACCCAGUGCAAGCCGUCAUCGACAAGUAUAUGGUGCGCUACACCUCGGCUGAUGGCGACACCCGGGAGGUGUCCGUGGGGAAGGAGCAGAGCACCACCUCCCUGACGGGCCUGAGGCCGGGUAUGGAAUACAUGGUCCAGGUGUGGGCCCAGAAGGGGGCCCGGGAGAGCAAGAAGGCCGACACCACGGCCCUGACAGACAUCGACCCUCCCAGAAACCUUCGUCCGUCGGCGGUCACCCAGUCUGGAGGGGUGCUGACCUGGACAGCCCCCUCUGCUCAGAUCGAUGGCUACAUUCUCACCUACCAGUUCCCAGAUGGCACCGUUAAGGAGGUACAGCUGGGAAGAGGGGACGAGAGGCUUGAGUUGCAAGGCCUUGAGCAGGGCAUCACCUACCCUGUCUCCUUGGUUGCCUUUAAGGGUGAUCGACGGAGCAGGAGUGUAUCCACCAGCCUUUCCACAGUUGGUGCACGUUUCCCACAUCCUGCAGACUGCAGUCAAGUUCAGCAGAAUAGCAAUGUCGCCAGUGGUAUGUACACCAUCUACCUGCACGGAGACUCCAGGCGGCCCCUGCGGGUGUACUGUGACAUGGACACGGAUGGAGGCGGCUGGAUCGUCUUCCAAAGGCGCAACACUGGGCAGCUGGAUUUCUUCAAGCGCUGGCGGACCUACGUGGAAGGCUUUGGGGACCCCAUGAAGGAGUUCUGGCUUGGACUCGACAAACUACACAAUCUCACCACUGGCACCCCUACUCGCUACGAGGUGAGAGUGGACCUCCAGACCGCCAACGAGUCUGCCUACGCCGUGUACGAUGCCUUCCAGGUGGCCUCCAGCAAGGAGCGGUACCGGCUCUCCGUUGGGAAAUACAGAGGCACAGCAGGGGAUGCUCUGACUUACCACAAUGGAUGGAAGUUUACAACUUUCGACAGAGACAAUGAUAUUGCCCUCAGCAACUGUGCCCUGACCCAUCAUGGUGGCUGGUGGUACAAGAACUGCCACUUGGCCAACCCCAAUGGCAGAUACGGGGAGACCAAGCACAGUGAGGGGGUGAACUGGGAGCCAUGGAAAGGACAUGAAUUCUCCAUUCCUUAUGUGGAGUUGAAAAUCCGUCCUCAUGGCUACAGUGGGGAGCAAGUCCUGGGCAGAAAGAAGCGGACACUAGGAGAAAAUUCGAGAACGUUCUGA